AUGGCUAAAUACCAGUCGGGCUUUGCCCUCGCAAUCCUCGCUGCCACCCUCGUCGCAGGUCGUGGCGCGAAUGACUGGUCAAAACCAUGUUUCGACGGUGAAUGUGCAUACGACAUCCCGAUCGAAGGGCAAUCAGCCUCCAUCAAGAUGGUUGGUGCACCGCAUGCCAUUACGGAUAUCACACCCGCUGCAGGAUGGGUCGUCCUCGACUGUGACGCAAAUGCCAAGUCGCAGGAGAUUCGACUUGUGUGUAACUCGGACGAUGCUGAGUCUGCUGGCUGCAGCCACCUCUUCGAAGGUGACGGUCCCGUACAUAAAUACGUCCGUCUACCCGAGAGUUGCGGGUCUGAGCCGUUCGCCCGUAUUGCGGACUACCGAGUUCACGAAAACCAGUCGAUCCCCGAGCAUGCGGCCUCGAAAAUAUUGCGCCGUGACGGCGUAGCUCCUCAGGUCUUCUCCGUCAGCAUUGAUGAUGAUUUCGCUCUCGUCGACGAAUCCAAGUAUGGAAAAGUCUUCGCCCUUGUCGCUGGUGUCAAUGAACCCAAUGUCGAUACCAACUUUGCUGUCCCGCAGGACAUAGACAACCAAGAUGUCGCGGAUCAAUGGGCAGCGCAAACAAUUCAGGACGUUGGCGUCAAGAACCUGAAGGCCACACUUUCGACCUACUACGUAACCAGACCUGAUGGCGAGGUCGAAGUCAAGAAAACGAAGAGUGGAGAAGAGGUCGAGCCUCUGAAGUCGUCGGGCAAGUUCAACUGGGGAUCAGAAACGAAGCCACUUACGCUUUCAUGGACGGAAGAGAAAAAGCUCGCGGAAUGUGGAAAAGCCGGCCUCAAGGCUGAACUCUCUGGCUCAUUAGCAAACAAGGCGUAUGGCUCGGCGAAGGCGUUCAGCGCAGCCGCGGUUAUUGAACUGAGUGCAUCGUCAAUCAAGGCCAUGGCAAGCAACAUUCUUGAUUUCUCGGCGCACUUUGAGCAUGAUUUGACUUUGACACUAUCUCUGGAGGGCGAGGUCAAGAAAGAGUUCACCCUCUUGGAGGAUACAGCCAUCCCUCAUGCUGGUAUCGACCUCAAGCUAGUGGCGGUUGGCCUGUUGUUCGGCGUCGGAGGAGAGUUCACGAUUGCCAAAGCCAAAGUUGGUGUGGAAGUCAAGACAGGGUUCAAAUGGGGGAUUGACAAAGCUGUCAUCGCCAUUCCUGGCACUCAUGCCGCCACGCCAUAUGCCAAAGAUGGGUACUUUGACUUCGCCCUCAGCAAAGACGAAGACGAUAACAAGGCAACUGGGGAAAUCGGCGUGUCAAUUACCCCCAAAUUCAGCUUGGGUAUCUCAGGGAAGGACAAGCUCUCGAAAAUCAAGUUCACCGGUAGCAUUGGCUUGAAGGCGGGACUAGGCCUUACUGUUGGGAUCACGGGGACGCCGCCCAAGCGGGACUUGGAUGCAAUGGACGCCUCGGAUGCAUGGUAUUGCGCGAAGAUUGCGGCGUACAUCGAGGGUGUCGCUGGUGUUGACGCGAAACACCCCGUCAAAUUCAUUCCGGAUUGGGAGAAGGAGUACUCAUUGUUCAAGAAGGAGCUCGAGAUCUGGUCGCAUGGCAACUGCCCCCAACCGAAGGAGAAGAGGAGCAACUUGCGCGGGUUGCUGGAGUCGAGAGCGACGGACCUGACGGUGAAGGAUGUUGUCAACGCCUUGAAAUGCCCGAAGAAGGAUAUCAGCAAGAUGACUAAGGGAGAUUCGAAGAAAAGCCUCAGCUCUUCAGCCAUGAAGAUGAAGGACAAAUAG